AAGCCACGUCGCGCUUUGCUCGCCAUUUCCCCACCUUCUGAAGCCAGAAACGGUCUAUUUGAGUGUCGCGGUGUCAUUCAACGCUGUCAGACGUAAACUAAUCGUUACUUGCAGACACGCGGAGCUCUUUAUAGAGUCUUCAAAUUGGGUUUUCUGUGCCGGAGCUCCCAUAAACAUGAACAUUUUCAGGCUAACCGGCGAUCUCUCCCACCUAGCAGCCAUCAUCAUCCUGCUGCUAAAAAUAUGGAAAACCAGGUCUUGUGCCGGUAUUUCUGGGAAGAGUCAAGUCCUGUUUGCGUUUGUGUUCACCACUCGCUACCUGGACCUGCUCACCUCCUUCAUCUCCUUCUACAACACCACCAUGAAGGUCAUCUACAUCGGUUGUGUGUACGCCACCGUGUACCUGGUCUACGCCAAGUUCAAGGCCACUUAUGACGGGAACCACGACACGUUCAGAGUGGAGUUUCUGGUCGUCCCGGUUGGCGGCCUGGCGUUCCUGGUUAACCACGACUUCUCACCUUUGGAGAUUCUGUGGACGUUCUCCAUAUACCUGGAGUCGGUGGCCAUCCUGCCCCAGCUGUUCAUGAUCAGCAAGACCGGUGAGGCCGAGACCAUCACCACCCACUACCUGUUCUUCCUGGGCCUCUACAGAGCCCUCUACCUCUUCAACUGGAUAUGGAGGUUCUACUUUGAGGGAUUCUUUGACAUGAUCGCCAUCGUUGCCGGGGUGGUGCAGACCAUCCUCUACUGCGACUUCUUCUAUUUGUAUGUAACGAAAGUGCUGAAAGGAAAGAAGCUGAGUCUGCCGGCUUAAGUGCCAAAGAGGAGUGUUUUGGGAGACUCAAAGAGGGGAUCGGAGGGGGGGAGGAGAGCUAGUGGAUGCCUCUGAGCCCCCCAACCCCACCCAGCCCUCCACCACUGCUUCGUCCUCUCCCCCCUCCCCCGCCAGCAUAAGAUGCCUGAGACAGAGAGCAAAUGGGAGCCGCCGGCUGCACCGACUGCUGAUCCAGAGUCAGCGGGAUCGUAACACCUGCAGAGGCUGGCGGUCCGUGGGCUUUUCGGAUUUCUGUUUGAUGCAUCUUACCGUAACUUUUUACAAAUAUUCUGUAUAAAGGAAGAAGAAAAAAAUACACAAAUGUUUUCUACAGAAAAAUGUGUACUCUGAAGUUUUGACACAUUGGUGAGCUGGAGAUGUAAAAUUGCCUUUGAUUUGGCAUUGUAUGAUAUUGAAGCGGACUUCUUGUGGUGGGAUGUUAUUGACUCAAGCGUUUGUAAUAGUAUUUACAAGUGAAAUAAAUGUGCAGUUUUUUUUGUUUUGUUUUUUUCCUGAAUUUUGGUAGGAAUUUGUUGAAUGGUCAAAUUAUUCAUGUUUUGCUCUUCUAUUUUUGACCACUAUGCAUUUCCAUGUAUAAAAACUGUCUAUCUUAGUUUCCCGUGCACUUAGAGUAGAAAUUCUAUGUAGUUGCCAACAUUUAACAUUCUCUCUUCCAGAAAGAAAUGUUUUGUUCUACAGACUUUAAAAAUUGAUCGGUAUGAUUUUGCGUGAAUGAAAGUAAAUGGUUGGAAAUGACAACAUCA